CAUCCACUAGCCACCACCCACAACCCAAAUCACACUUUUGUCUUCUCCCAAAUUUCUGUAAUCUCUCUUUCAAAAUUGCUUGCAAAUGGCACUUGCAAAGAGGAGCCACAGAUUCUUCAAGUUCAGGACCCUCCUAGUAAUCCGGCAGCCACAACUCCUCUUCUCUAAUCUUUUUUGAUUUAAUCUUCAAUAUUUUUCCAAAUAUUUCCUUGCCCACAUAACAAAUAUUCCUUUAUAUCCUUUACAGGGACAUUCCACUUUUCCAAGAAAAUAUCCCUAUCUUUUUCCGUUUUUUUUUUUUUUUCCUCUCUCUUUUAACUUUUAUUCUCUUGUCAAAUCUCACCUAUUUUUCCUUUUUACCGUUGUCUUUUCAUCAAAUGUUUGCUGAGAACUACGACUUCUCUCGUGUGGUUGUGGGAAUGGCCUGGAUCAUGCUCUGUAUUGACUACUCGAGGCUCUUCUGGCUCCUCUUUGGUGUUUUCUCUUAUGAAAAUCAUGAGGGGAAGCCUCGGAUUUAGAACCCAGUUUUCAUUCAAUCCUAACUGCAUGUUUCCAUCAUUCUAGUAAACAACUUUGAAUUCUCUUUUUUAGAAUUUUCAUCUUUAGUAGCUUAAAACAUGUAUAGAACAAAGCUUGGAGAGCUCACCAACGAAGGAAAAGAUGAGUCUGGAUAUGCUGAAACCGAUCCAACUGGUCGCUAUGGUAGAUUGGACGAAGUCUUGGGCAAAGGAGCAAUGAAGACAGUUUACAAGGCAAUAGAUGAGGUCCUUGGAAUGGAAGUGGCAUGGAACCAAGUGAAACUCAAUGAAGUUCUCCGAUCACCCGAUGAGUUACAGCGGCUUUACUCUGAAGUUCAUCUCCUCAGCGCCCUCAAUCACGAUUCCAUCAUCCAAUUCUACACUUCUUGGAUUGAUGUGGAACGCAAAACCUUCAACUUCAUCACUGAAUUCUUCACCUCAGGCACCCUCAGAGAAUACAGGAAGAAGUACAAAAGGGUGGACAUCCGAGCUAUUAAAUGCUGGGCACGGCAAAUCCUCAGGGGGCUUGUUUAUCUGCAUGGCCAUGAUCCUCCAGUAAUUCACAGAGACCUCAAGUGUGAUAACAUCUUUGUCAAUGGGCAUCUUGGAGAAGUUAAGAUUGGCGAUCUAGGCUUGGCAGCCAUUCUCCGGGGCUCCCAAUCAGCUCACAGUGUUAUAGGAACACCGGAGUUCAUGGCACCAGAGUUAUAUGAGGAAAACUACAAUGAACUGGUUGAUGUCUACUCAUUUGGCAUGUGUGUAUUAGAAAUGCUUACAUCUGAGUACCCCUAUAGUGAAUGCUCCAACCCUGCACAAAUUUACAAGAAAGUGACAUCGGGAAAGCUUCCUGGAGCAUUCUACCGGAUUCAAGACUUGGAAGCACAGAGGUUCAUUGGGAAAUGCUUAGUAACUGCUUCCAAGAGACUACCUGCAAAAGAACUAUUGCUUGAUCCUUUUCUGGCCUCUGAUGAGGCCAAACGGCUUCCUAAACCAAAGCUUGGAAGUCAGAAGCCAUUUCUGAAUGACAUAAGAAUAGAGAAACUGCGCUUGAGCGAUGAUAGAGUAAGGACCAACAUGACAAUCACAGGGACACUGAAUCCUGAUGAUGAUACCAUUUUCCUUAAAGUGCAGACUGCUGAUAAAGAUGGGUCUGCAAGGAACAUAUAUUUUCCCUUUGACAUUGUGACUGACACUCCAAUUGAUGUGGCAAUGGAGAUGGUGAAGGAGUUGGAGAUCACAGAUUGGGAGCCAUUUGAAAUUGCAGAUAUGAUUGAUGGGGAGAUAUCUGCUCUAGUACCACAAUGGAAGAAAUGGGACAUGCCACAGCAACAUCACUAUGCAUUUGAUUAUCAAGAAGAAGAUGAGGGACAUAACCAUCCAUUCCGCUCUUUCUCCUCCUGUUCAUCAUCCCAAGCUUCGUUUCCGUGUUUGAGCACUUCUCACAGGUUGGACACAAUGGCUCAAGGUGGUGAUUGGCUCAAAGAUGAUUUGUUUGACGAUACCAGCUCUGAAAGUUCUGCACACUCUGGAAAAUAUUCCAACUUGAAUUACUUUUCUGGCAAUGAACACUGUUCCGAAACAAGUACUUUAAGAAGAGAACAGCAUCCUGGGGCGAAAACUCAGAAGUCUACAAGGUUUUGCCCUGAAGAGAACUCUAGCACGCGGAAGGCCCUGCCUGGAAAAAGCUACAAGCAAGGCAAGGUUUUGCAGGAGUCACAGAGAGCUCCUGGUUCUAAGGAUAAGUUCGCAAUGGAGACCAUUAGAUUAACAAGAAACCGCUCAUUAGUAGAUGUGCGAAGCCAGCUACUGCAUAGAACAUUGGUGGAGGAGGUGCACAAAAGACGGUUGUCCAAGACGGUUGGAGCUGUGGAAAACAUUGGGUUUCAGGCACCCUGCAAUGUCUCCGGGAAGGUAUCACAGAAACCAACUGGUGCUCAUUCCACAAGAACUACAAGAGAUGGAAAAGGGCAAGGAUCUCAAAGAAGAAGAGCUUAACCUCUCAGCUCCCAUGAAUUAAACUUAAUGAGAAGGAGGUUAAAUGUGUUUAAAGCUGGAGAUAAGAAUGAAUUCAGUGGCUGAAUUGACACAUUACCCUUGCCAGAUGAAGUGGUAGGGUUAGGUUUGAGAUCAAAAGUGAAGGGGUAGUUGUGAACAGAAAAUAAAGGGAAGGGUAAGAAUCCAUGUCAAACGGUCUGGAAAUUCAUCAGAUUGUAGAGCAAUUUUCUACAUAUGAAUGAGACUACAUGCCUGUAUGCAGCUCUCAAGUUUUAAGUGAGUAAUAAAUCUAUCUACUUGCUUUGUGGUGUGAUA